AUGGCAACACCAACGCCAUCACAUCCAUUACAGCCUUCCUCGGCCACAAAGAAAACCGCCGGCCAUGUCUCGACACCUGCGCAUCUUGGCCAGCCUUCGCCGGCACCGCGCAGCGUACCAUCGCCUGCUGCACUGCGGAAGGAUCAGGCUGGCAGAACACCACUGAACCAUCCCACGACUGGAUCUACUAGUAGUAAGACUAUCGGAAGCACACCGAUGCUUCACAGUCUCAGCCAGCAGGGCAAUACGGUAGGCUCAUCGCCUGGCGCAAACAUGCUGAGCUUCGGCACACCCAUAGGUCUUGGUGUCGAGGGCAUCACGCCCAGCCAGCUUAAUAUGCAUACGCCAGCGCUUAACAGUAUACCCAUGAGCUUGACCAUGUCCGACCUGGGUGUGCCAGCUGGUGGGGCAAUCCAGAAGCGCGACGAGGACAAUGAGCGGAAGAGGAAGAUGCGCAAGGUUCUAAAAGGCAUUGGGCAGCGGUCGGGUAGUGUCAGUGAGGAAGGCAUUCUGCGGGUGAGCAGGCGAGUGGGCUUCGAUAAUACCGCGGAGGACAACAAGCCCGUUGGCAGCAGAUCUUUGACUAUGGCGGGCAAAAAAAUGCUGGUUGACGUGAAGCUCAACAAUCACGAAGUAGAGAAUGUUGGUGUCAUCUUCGACACAGCAGAGGGCACGCCUUUGAGCGACCAGGCACCAGGCUUAGCCAAGGUACUCUCGCAAAGUUUGCAAAGUGCUGGUAAUGCACGAGCAGAUGCUGAACUGGAUCUGUUCGCCGCAAACCUAGGACGUCUCGCCAAAAUCGAUAAAUUGAGCUCUCAGCAUCUCAACUGUUUCGAGGCAUUAAGUGGGAUUUACACGAGUCUAGACCGCUUGCAUGAGCAUGAGGUGGCGAUGUCAAGUGACGUGGACGUGCUGCGCAAGAAAAGUGGCAGGCCGACGUUGCACGCAAGCAAUCGCGUGGGUGUCUCCAUUGCGUACUGGCAGCUGCCUCGGCCAUCUCUUUCUCGUGGUGACCAAUACAGCGUGAGCAAUGAGGUGCAUAAUUUGGAUCUCGGCGUCGAGCGAUCAUCUGGCGGCAUGUAUCCUCCAUUACGAGUGUCGGAGAACUGGCUGCCGGACAGCAUUGAGCUUCCUGCAGACACUUCGGACCACACCAUACCUUGGCAGGAUCCGCCACCGAACCUGGUCCCGGCAAUUGCAGGAGGCGAUGCUAUGGCUGUUGACGGACAAGAGAGCCUACCUGAGUUACGCUUCAUUGCCAAGCUCAGAUCUCCUGUCCUCUUACCAUGGCAGGGUGCGGUGAAUGUGCUUCAAGCUGUGGGCAUGCAACCUCCUCAACUAUUUGUGUACCCACCGGCUUGGCACACAUUGCUGCUGGACCCGUCUUCGACAACACCUUUCAACGCUGGGGGUGGGUCGUACAUAGUCAGUGAGCAGACCGUACUUUCGAUGCACGGAGAUCUGGAUGGAGAAAGCACGCACAUAUACACUUUGGACGUGGCUAAGCCUGAUGGUGGCUAUAUGCUCGAAGAGCUCCCGUUCUCACACCCAAGACAGCUCGUCGAGCUUCUACCUACUCUGCGCCAGUGGGUGUACUUUGGCUCGUUGAUCAAGGAUCUGUUUGAUACGAGCGCGGCUGUCCCAGCGAACGGUCAGCCUGUCCAGACUGAAAUCAGGAAGCUCACUCCAGGCCCCCUACCUGCUCUGACACUGGCUGAACUCCUCACUCCACCCACUACGCCUGGCACGGAUGAUCCACUGCGCGUCAGCGUCUCGCUGGCUACGACACCGAUGCCGACGUUGUCAUUGACCUUUCCUAGCCGGAAGCCAGGCGCGACUUGCAACGUGACGUUACAAAUUCAUGUCAAUGGCAACGUCGUUGUCACCCACCACUCGCGCAUGACUAGUGACGCUCAUACGGCCAGCGUCAGUGAUGACGCUGCUAGGGAGAAGUUGGCCGCAGCGCUGGAGCAAUGUGGCGACCUCGGGGUCUGGAUCGAGUGGCUCAGCAGCAUGUAG